GUUCGGCAAUUCUGGCUCUCUUGUUAGCUGGCUAUCUAGCACAGCAGUAUUUACCAAUGCCUACACCGAAAGUAAUAGGCAUUGACCUUGGCACGACUUACUGCUCUGUUGGUGUCUUUCUGCCUGGAACAGGGCAGGUGAAAGUUAUUGCUGACGAAAAUGGGCACAACAGCAUACCAAGUAUAGUCUCUUUUACGGACAGAGAUGUGUACAUUGGAUACGAUGGCCUAGAACUGGCUGAUUCAAAUCCUCAGAAUACCAUAUACGAUGCAAAAAGAUUCAUUGGGAAAAUCUUCACUUCAGAAGAACUGAAGAGUGAAAGCAGCAGGUAUCCCUUUAAGAUUUUCGACAACAAUGGAUCAGCCGAAUUUUCUGUGACAACUAAUGAAACCUUUCGGAUCACUCCAGAGCAUAUUGGCUCUCAGCUGCUACUGAAGCUGAAGAGAAUGGCGGAAGACUCUCUUGGCAUGCCCAUUUCGAAGGCGGUCAUCUCUGUGCCAGCAGAGUUUGAUGAGAGGCAGCGGAACUCUACCGUUAAGGCAGCUAACCUUGCAGGGCUAGAAAUUUUGCGAGUAAUCAAUGAACCCACAGCUGCAGCUAUGGCUUAUGGACUCCACAAAGCAGAUGUGUUUAAUGUUCUGGUGGUGGAUUUGGGUGGAGGAACUUUGGAUGUGUCUCUGUUGAACAAGCAAGGAGGGAUGUUCCUCACACGAGCCAUGGCAGGUAACAACAAACUCGGGGGACAGGAUUUUAAUCAGAGGUUGAUGCUGUAUUUAUAUGAUCAGCUCCAUCAAAUGUAUGGUUCUCUACCAUCAAGAAAAGAAGAAAUACAUCGCCUCAGGCAGGCUGUUGAAGCAGUUAAAUUAAAUUUGACUGUUCAUGAAGCAGCUACGCUAAAGGUGUCAUUGUCUGUGCCAGCAAGGAAGCUUGCAAAAGAUCUUCCAGAAAGUGAGGUACAAACAAUCACUGUGCUGAAAGACAAGCCUUCACGACAAACAAAAGAUCUGGAAAAUCUUGGAGACUCUUCAAAAGUAGAGAACAACUUAGUCAAAGUUGUGUUUGAAACAGAAAUCUCUAGGAAGCUCUUUGAGACGUUAAAUGAGGACCUUUUUGAGAAGAUUCUUGUGCCCAUUGAACAGGUGCUGAAGGAAGGCCACCUACAGAAAGAGGAAGUGGAUGAAAUUGUGUUAGUUGGAGGCUCCACCCGGAUUCCUCAAAUACGCAGAGUUAUCAGGGAUUUCUUUGGAAAGGAGCCCAACACCUCUGUAGACCCUGAUCUAGCAGUUGUCAUGGGUGUAGCUAUCCAAGCGGGAAUUGUUGGUGGAUCAUGGCCUCUCCAAGUCAGUGCUAUAGAAAUCCCUAAUAGGCAUUUACGGAAGACUAAUUUUAUCUGA